AUGGCAGGACUGUGCUUAGUUCUCAUUUCAGAGCGCACGUCUGUGUACUCUUUUAUCGAUGGGAUACUAACGGACCCAAAUGACUCCAUUCUUCUGAUCGAUUUUGAGUGUGAAUACAACAUAUCCAAUAAUAGGAGCAUCGAUGUGCUGCACACUGAGACCAUAGCAGAGGACUAUCCGCAGAACAUCAUAGUAGUGAACAGGAUUAACUCUCUUGUGCACUCUCCCGUUGAAAUGCAAAUUAGGCUGAACAUUCUCUCUGAAUUGGUCUACAACGAUAAAACGGUCUACAUGAUAACGAGCUACAAAUACUCGCACACACAAAAAGUAGUGCCGUACAUGAAGUACAUAGAAAGAAUGGUGGACAUAAAGAGCACGAUCAGCGCAUAG